AUGGAGAAAGGCGUCGUGCUAGCUGCCCCUGCUGUCAGCAGACGAAGGCGACAUCCACACCGAGUGAACCGCAACAGGUCUCUUCCAUCCCUCCUCUCGAAAGUCGAAGACCGAGUAGAGCCCGUUGCCAGGACCUACCAUACUUCUCCAGCUAUGCGCACCUCUCAGCUCGUCUUUGCGACGGCGCCGCUCUAUUUGAGCAUGGCCGCCUCGUCGCCCCCGUGCUUCAAUCCUUGCGCUGCCCUUGCUGCUGCCCUUCCAGGUGCCGUCGCUUUCCCCAACUCAACAGCAUACGCCGAAUCCAACACCUUCUGGUCCAACCGACAGUCCGAAGUACAGCCCGCCUGCUUUGUCACGCCCCGAAGUACUACGGAGGUGUCGGCCGCAGUCAAAAUCAUUACGUCCCAUAACGUGCCAUUCUCCGUCAAGAGCGGCGGCCAUACAGCUUUCGCCGGCGCAUCAAAUGCCCAGGGUGGAAUCACCAUUGACCUCCGCAACCUCAACAAAAUCACAGUGUCUGAUGACCGCGAAACCGUUUCGGUCGGCCCCGGAAAUCGAUGGAUAGAAAUAUCUACCGUUCUUGAGCCGCUGGGUCUCGCCGUCGUGGGUGGACGAGCCGCUGAUGUCGGCGUUAGUGGUCUUGUCCUUGGUGGAGGCAUUUCGUACUUUUCUGGGAAGCGAGGCUGGGCGUGUGACAACGUCCGCGCCUUUGAAGUCGUCCUGGCGUCUGGAAAGAUUGUCAGGGCGUCACCCACGGAAUACAAGGAUUUAUUCUGGGCUUUACGAGGAGGUGGUGGGUCCAGUUUUGGCAUCGUCACGCGGUUCGACCUCGCCUCUUUUCCUCAGGGCGACCUCUGGUCCAGCGACUCCAUUUACCCCGGCACCAUGGCCGCUGAUCUCAUCCCUCAUUUUAUCGACCUCACGAUAUCUGGCCUCCCCUCAGACCCCGGAGCCCACACAUACUUUGUCCUCACCAACCAACCCGCGCUCGGGGGCCAGAUCGCGCUUACAUCCUUCUACCACUCCACACCCCCUUCUCCUCCCGAGUCUAUCCCCCCCGUCUUCGAAAAGAUUAAGAACCAACCGAACGCCAUCUUCUCCAGCACAACAGUCGCGAACGUUUCUACUCUUUCCCGCAAUAUCGACCAACCCUACGGCCAGCGCCAGACCUGGUGGGACACCACUGUCCGCGUUGUAAAUGCCGAUCUAUUCGUCGAAAUCCUACCCCUCUUUGACGCCCAUGUCUCGCGCCUGCUCGCCGCCGCCAAUGGCACUCCUCUCACGCCUUUCCUCGUCUUCCAGCCCAUCUCCACCAAUAUCAUCGAGGCGAUGCAAAAGAACGGAGGAAACGCACUGAACUUGAAGCCUGAAGAGGGUCCCCUCAUGUUAGUCCAAGUGACGGUAUCAUGGGACGAAGCUUCCAUUGAUUCUGUUGUCGAGUCGAGCUGCAAGCAGCUCAUCAAUGAGGUCAAGGCUCUUGCGAAGGAGAAGGACGUUUACAAGGGCUUGGUGUACAUGAACUACGCGGGGAGCGAGCAGAAGGUACUUGAGAGCUACGGAAAAGAGAGUUUCAAUAGGUUGAAAUCCAUCUCGAGGAGGUAUGACCCCAGUGGAAAGCUUCAGUCGCUGUGGACUGGGUAUUUCCAGGUAUAG